AUGGGCAAGCGGCGAUCGCUCUCGCACCGAGGUUUCCUUCUAACAGCCAACGGCCUUUGGCAAGAAACCAAAGACGUUUUGGUGGCGGAGCUGACAAAUCAAGGUGUGAGCGCUCAGAAGCAGAGCCAGGUGUGGUUCACCCUGGGCUGCGAUCAUCAGCGCCAGCAGCGCUACGCUGAUGCUGAGCGAUGCUUCCGACGCGCCGCAGAAGGCGGAGACGUGGAGGCGGCCAUGCGGCAGGCGCUACUUUUGGCCAAGCGCGGUGCCACAGCAGAGGCAAAGCCCUUGCUUCAGCGGGUCCUCCGCCAGCGGGGUAAUGACCUGGGUGCGAGGUGGAAUCUCGGACUACUCGAAGCGCACGAAGGGGAUUUGGAAGCCGCUCGCCAGAGUUUGAACGGGGCGAUUGAAUUGGCCAAAGAGUUGGGCCUCUCCCCACGGCGGCUGGCAAUGAUCUACGAACCGCGCAUCUAUGAAGCAGAACUUAAGGACGAGGCAGCCGCUUUUGAGGCCUUCGCUUCAGACUUGGCUCCUGCCCUUGGCCAGCUGCGGAGAUUGGUGGCCAGCCCUUCGUGGCUGAUGACUUGGGCCGUUGAGACCGUCCAGUCCUUUGGCCCGGACGUCACCUCGGCAUCCUACGGGGAGACCUUCUUCAAGUCCUGGAAGGCGGUGAUCGACCACCCUGAGAUGGUGAAGGUCGUUGAGAAGUCUCCAGCUGUGGUGAUCAUGGGAAGCUCCUUAGGAUACACCUGCCUUUUCUUUGCAGCAGUGGGCAUUCCAUGCACAGGCUAUGAUCUGUUGAAGCAGAGCAUGGUGCAGACUGCCCAGGAGUACGUUUGCUCUGCACCAUUGCAGGUCCCUGUGGAGUUCAAGGUGGGAGAUGCCUCAGAAGCGCCCUUGAUUUCGAGGUUUCAGACGCCCAACAUGCCCAGCAUUCUGUGGCUAAAUGACGAGGUGUGGCCAGCAGAGCUGAGAGUGGCCGUGAAGGAACGUGCAGCAACGGAGUUGACCGUCGGGUCCAUGGUGGUGAGCAGGGAGGCCGAGGAACAGAUCUGGCUGCUGAGAUACCUGGAUGACAGGGAGGUGCAGGGAGGAGCUAUGAAGCGCAUCCAUGGCUUCGUUUGGCUGUCACUGGUCUCCGUGGCGAAGCGUGUCUCCCAAGAGAUGGGCGAUCCUUCUGGAGGGCCCGGAUCCAGAGAUUCACUUGUGGGCUAUCAGAUCCGUUUGGAGAAGAAGGUCUCGAGCUCCACACGGCUUCUCUUCUGUACGGUGGGCGUUUUGCUGAAGCAGAUGCAACAGGGCCUCGGAGCCCUGUCGAAGGUGACCCAUAUUUUCAUCGAUGAGAUCCACGAGCGGAGUGCCGACUGCGACUUGCUCCUGCUCCUUCUCCGGCAGAUCCGGACGACUCGUCCAGAUCUGCGAUUGGUCUUGAUGAGUGCAACCAUGGAAACCGACAAGCUCGUGCGAUACUUCGGAAGCCCCAGCUCAGUGCCUGUCCUGAGCAUCCCUGGGCGCACCUUCCCAGUGCAGCAAUUCUGGUUGGAAGACGUUGUUCAGAUGACAGGAUAUCGGUGCGAAGAGGACAGCGAGUUUGCAAAGCGAGGUUGGAGUCGUGGUUGGAACACCGAGAAGAAGACCUUCCAGGUGGCAGACAAAGGCAAGACCAAAAAUAUAACGGCUUUCAUUGAUGAGGAGGAGGAUUGGGGCUGCGACGAUGAAGCAGAGACCUGUGACGCGAGCUACGAGGCUGAAACGAUGCGAGCUUUGUCCUACAUGGAUCACACACGCAUUAACUACGACCUCCUGGAGCUUUUGCUGGAAUACAUCGAGGGAUCUGACCAGUUUGCCCACGUUCCGCGAGACCAGGGGGCGAUUUUAGUCUUUUUGCCGGGCAUGAUGGAGAUCACCAAGAUGCAUGAACGCUUGAGAGGAAAUCCCCUCUUCAGCGAUCCCAGUUCCUGUCUUGUGUUGACACUCCAUAGCAUGCUGAGUGGCGAGGAUCACGCCAAGGUCUUUGAUGCUCCACGGAAAGGUGUGCGGAAGAUCGUCCUAAGCACCAACAUUGCCGAGACCGGUGUGACGAUUCCGGACGUGGUCUUUGUGGUUGACUCCGGAAAAGUGAAAUGUCAAAGAUAUCACGAGCCUUCCAACACUUCAUCCUUGAAAGAGCAGUUCAUCUCAAAAGCAGAGGUGAUGCAACGCAAAGGUCGUGCCGGGCGAGUUCAAAAAGGCUUUGGAUUUACUUUGCUGACCCAGAACCGUUUCCAGUUGAGACUUCAGGCAAUGCCAACGCCUGAGAUUUUGAGGUGCUCGCUCAUGGAGUUAAUGCUGUCAGUCUUGAGCUCGGGCUUGCAGCCCAGCUGUUUCUCGGAAGCCCUGGACCCACCGCCCAAGUCCCGUGUGGAUCAGGCGGUGACCACCUUGCGGGCCACCGGGGCGGUGGAAGAGGGAGUUAGACCAGCAGAUGCAGUGCGGUGGAGCAGAGAAGAAGAAGAGACAUGGUACGUGAUCACACCUGUGGGUCAAUGUCUUGCUCGCUUGCCCUGUGAUGUGCGACUGGGCAAGAUGGUCCUAUACUCCGCACUGUUCGGCGGAGUUGAGGCGGUUUGGACAGUUGCAGCCACCCUGACUCACAGAUCUCCGUUGGCUUCUCCUUUUUCGGAGAGCAAACGCGCGCAAGCGAGGGCAGUGCACUGCGCUGAGCUGCUUCCGAAGGCAGGACCUCCGUCUGACCACUUGGCUCUCCAUACUGCCUACGUGAAAUGGGACGAAGCACGACGAAAUCGCGUUGCAGAGAGCUUCUGCAAAAAGAGCUGGCUGAACAACCAGGUGCUUCAGACCAUCCGGGACAUACGCAACGACUUCUUAGAGUCCCUGCGAGGUGAAGGCUUUGUAGAGACCUUCUCGUCCAGCGAGAUUCCCAAGCAGGACUUGAGUUCUGUCCACACUGUGAAUGCCCUGCUGCUUGCCGGGCUCUAUCCCAAUGUGGCCAGAAUAGAUGUGCCGAAGUCGGCCACGGAGAAGUUCCCCCUCCUUUCGGCUGGCUCAGAACAGUUGAAGCUGCAUCCUGGCUCGCUGUGCCAUGGGAAGAUUGAAGGGCUGCAUCGCACCAACCAUCGAUGGAUUUGCUAUCACACCAAGAUGAAGACUUCACAGGUCUUCUUGAGAGAUAGCUCCUUCUUGCCUCCAAACGCCUUGUUGCUCUUCGGGGGCGAAGCCAAUAGCCUGAGCAUCCACCCAUGGGAGAAGAGCGUCUCCAUUGGGACAGGCAGUGAGAAACAUUGGCACACUGUGAAUGUAGCUCCCCGGAUUGCUGCGCUGCUGCGGCAGCUGCGGCAUUCCUUUGAUCAGCUGCUCCGGCGCAAGGCGACCUCGCCGUCCAGCCCUCUCGAUCCUGAGCAGAAGUCGAUCUUGGCGGCGUACAUCGCCGUGAUCAAUUCUGUGGAAGAUUCGUAG